AUCACAAACGCCGGCUGUUUAAAGGAGUUUCAGGUCAUCUUUUCAUUUUUCCAGUUCACAUCAAAGAGGCUUUAUGAUGCUGGUGGUGCAGUUGCUGAAAGGUGCAGCGAAGCAUGCUGGGAGCAGGCCCCAGUGCAGUGUUGAGCGAUUGUUCACAGCAGCGCGUGGUAUCAGCUCAUCUUCGCGACAGUCAUCUGCCUCUGGGAGAAGUCAGUGUUCAGCCUGCACUGAUACUGACCUCCCUAAAGUCCUCAUCACGGGAGGACUUGGACAGCUGGGGGUGGGGCUUGCCAAGAUGCUAAGGAGACGCAUUGGAAAAAACAACGUGAUCCUGUCUGACAUCCGGAAACCUCCCAACCAUGUCUACCAUAACGGUCCGUUCAUCUUCUCAGACAUCCUGGACUAUAAGAACCUCAGGGAGAUUGUGGUCAACAACAACAUCAGCUGGCUGGUUCACUACUCAGCUGUGCUGUCUGCUGUGGGAGAGAACAACGUCGCUCUGGCCAAAGAGGUCAACAUCACAGGUCUCCAUAACAUAUUAGACAUUGCAACCGAACAUGGUCUGCGUGUGUUUGUCCCCAGCACUAUCGGUGCCUUUGGUCCAUCCUCACCCAGGGACCCCACCCCUGAGCUGUGUGUGCAGAGACCGCGCACCAUCUACGGUGUGUCCAAGGUCCACGCAGAGCUGAUGGGUGAGUAUUACCACCACAGGUAUGGGCUGGAUUUCCGCUGUCUCAGGUAUCCAGGCAUCAUUUCAGCUGACUCCCAGCCUGGAGGAGGAACCACAGACUAUGCAGUGCAGAUCUUCCAUGCAGCUGUGAAGACCGGUCAAUUCGAGUGUAACCUGCGCGGUGACACGCGGCUUCCAAUGAUGUACAUAGAUGACUGUCUCAGGGCUACUCUAGAGUUCCUGGAGGCUCCAGCUGAGACACUCAUCAACCGCACCUACAACAUCAACGCCAUGAGCUUCACGCCACACGACCUCACCCAGGAAAUACAGAAAUUCCUGCCUGACCUUAAGGUCACCUACAAUGUGGAUCCUGUCCGACAAGCUAUAGCGGACGGCUGGCCAAUGGCAUUAGAGGACAGCGCAGCGAGGCGGGACUGGGGCUGGAAGCACGAGUACGACCUCCCAGAGCUGGUGCAGACCAUGGUCACUCACAUCACUAUGGGCAACCAGGUGGCACAAGCCUACUGAGCCUUUAUGUAGCAUAUUUGUAGCAACUCCAUAAAAGGUUUUAUUUGAAGCGAGGUGACAUUGAGGAUUUAAGAGCUUUUUUAGCCUUCCUUAUUACACUUUAGAAAAAUCACGCAUCAUCCUCCUCUCCCUCCUCACCGUUCAUCUCAUCCCUCUUUUUCUCUCUCGUCUUCAUCCAUCCAGCUGAAUCUAAAGAUGUGAUGCCAGAGCAUGCUAGAUACUGUCACGAAGUUACUAAACCUGUAAGAGAGUCAGGUGUUAGCACUGAAUGUACUGUAUGUCUGUAUUUAUGUGUAAGUGUGCAGAUGAUUUUGCUAGCCUGCUGUAGCAGCUACACGCUCGCCUUAGGAGGCUCUUCUGCCAUCCUGAAAGACCAGUUGGCUUUUAAUAAGAGCUGCACUCCAACUGGUCGCCAGCACUGUGACCAUAAACACUGAAAGGCUUUACCUCGGGUACUGUUAUUACAGAAGCUGCUUACCCUAGCUAACCAUAACUUGACCUUUGCACUAGGUGCUGUUGAUGUUUUUGUUAUUUCAUUUAGAUUUAAAUUAUUUUUAUUGUUGCGUUCUGUUUUAGAA